AUGUCAGAAUGUCUGAUGUUUGGAAUGGAUUGCGAGGCGCGCAAUAUGACAUCGGUUAUGGGAGACGAGGAAAAUGUGUCGUUUUUGGUGGGCACCAAUAACAUCAAGGCGGAUAAUGUGGUAAGUGUCCUGGGAGCCGAAAUUUGCGAUUUUUUGAGACCAAACAAGCUUAUGCCUUGAAAAAUCUUGAAAAGUUAGGCUUUGAGCCUGAAAUCCGGGCCUAGAAGGCCUUGAAAAUCAGUCAUACUGAACUUUAGGCCCAAAAAUUUGGGGUUUUUUGAGACCAAACAGGCUUAGGCCUAAAUCUUGAAAAUUUAGGCUUUCAGCCUGAAAUUCAGGCCUAAAUUUCUGAAACUAGACCCAAAGCCUUGAAAAUCAGUCCUACUGAACUUUAGGCCCAAAAAUUUGCGAUUUUUUGACACCAAACACGCUUACAAGGCCUAAAUCUUGAAAAUUUAGGCUUUGAGCCUGAAAUCCGGGCCUAAAUUUCAUAGACUAGACCUAAGGCCUUGAAAAUUAAACCCAAUAUAGUUUAGGGCCCGAAAAUUCAAGAUUUUUAGGCCAAACUUGACUAGGCUGAAGUUCAGGCCUAAAAUCUCUAGAUCUAAAGCCUGGCAAGGCCGAAAAUCGAUAAAUUUAGGUCUAGAACUGGAUUUUCAGCCCAAAAAAACCCAAAUUAAUUUCAGGUCAAUAAACUAUACGUGGAUCCGGAAGCGACGCGGCUCAUGUCAAAAUCCUAUCGCCAUCCGGCCGGCGAAGUUCGCGCAAUUUCCGCGCACCCCCACAAAUCACACGUUUUGGCCACGUGUUCAGCGAAUUGUGAGUUGAUUUUUGCCGUGGAAAUUCGUAUUUUUCACACCAAAAAUCACUCAAAAAUCAAUUUUCAGACUCUUCUCUCAACGGCGAAUUCGCUCUCAAUAUUUGGAACAUUGAUGAGGAUAAACGAACGCUCGAAAAGUUAUCGGAACUCAAAUUGGACAGCCUAAAUUAUGGUCUGGAUUGGGAUCAAACGACGAUGAAAGCGGUGGCGAUUGGCGCCGAAACUGUCGCCAUUUAUGAUAUGAGCAAUGAGCCGAAGGUGAGAGCUCAUUUGAAAAACAAAACUAAGGCUUAAACUAAGGCCUUAAUAUAGGCCUAGUCUUGUUUGGUGUCAAAAUACGUGGAAUUCUCAACUAUAGUUGGACAUCGACUGAAUGACUGUUUUUUGAGCAAGUGAAUUGAAAUAUUGGGUUUUAAUUUUAUUCAUAGCAUAGACUGGCCCAAGACAAUUCGAAUGAUAUCAAUUUUCAUGAAUUUACGUUAUCGAUAAGUGACUUAGUGACAUUUAAUCGAUAAGCCUAAACGUCGCUAAAUCACUUAUUGAUAACGUAAAUUCAUGAAAAUUGAUAUCAUUCGAAUUGUCUUGGGCCAGUCUAUGCUAUGAAAAAGAUUAAAACCCAAUAUUUCAAUUCACUUGCUCAAAAAACAGACAUUCAGUCGAUGUCCAACUAUAAUUCAAAUCGACUGAGAAUUCCCACGUAUUUUGACACCAAACAAGACUAGGCCUAUAUUAAAGCCUUAGUUUUAGGCCAAAAAAUCUGUUUUUUGAGCCUAAGCCUAGAUUCUGGGCCGAAAAAGCCCAAGCCUAGGCGUAUUUAGACUCAAAAUACGUGGAUAUUUCCAGCUAGAUCAAUCAAUAAAAAUCGACGAAGAAGGCUCGGAAAUCUACAGCGCCAAAUGGAGCAGUCACUACGAGGGAAAUAUGUUGGGACUGACCAUCGGCAAAAAUGUGCGAUGUGUUGAUGUGCGAACACCGCGCGACUUUUUGAAAGUCGCAAAUGCACAUUCGCAUCGCGCGCUAAGUAUGGACUUUAAUCCCAAUUUACAACAUGUGUGAGUGAUUUUGGGAUAUUUUUCACAUGGAAUCAGGAAUUUCCAUCAAAAAUUAGACUAUUUUAGCCCCAGACACGUGAACUAUGACGUGGCAAUUUGGAAAAUCCAAAAAUUGUCGAUUUCCAACGUUAAAACCUCAUUUUCGAUUCAAAAUUUGAGUUUUCUAGCGGAAUUUUUGAAUUUUCGUCCGAAAAUUAGAUUUUCCAGGUUUUUCCUAUUCAAUUUCCCACGUUUGCCCAUCAAAAACGGUCGAAAACUCUAAAUUUUGAAGAUAACCCUCAAAACCCCUCAAAAAAUCCCAUUUUUUCACGGGAAUUCUUGAAUUUCCCAUCAGAAAACUUCUAAUUUCCAAUAAUUUCCCGAUUCCUCGCAAAAAUUCCGUUUUCCCCAUGAAAAACGCUGGAAAACCCGAAAUUUGGGCCAACGAAAACAAAAAUAAAACAACGAGACUCCGCACGCGCACGCUAAACCGCAGGCAAGCGGCGGAGUCUCGUUGUUUUCUUUUUAUUUUCGAUGCGUCAUUUCUUGUUUUUUCGCGUUUUUUACGAGUUUUGGUGGGAUUUUGUUGAAAAUUUUAAGCAAAUUAGUUGAGAUUGAAGAUUCUGAAGGGAAAAUUCAGAAAAUUUUGCGCAAAAAAUUUUUUUUGAGCAGAAAAAAUGGAGUUUUUCAUGAAAUUUUGAUUUCAGCAUCGCAACUUGUGGAGAUGAUGGAUAUAUCCGAAUUUGGGACACCAGAUCGUCCAAAUCCGCCCUAAUGUCACUUCAUCCGCACGCUCACUGGGUUUGGCAGGUCAAAUAUCACCCGGUUCAUGAUCAACUUCUGCUCUCCGUCGGAUCUGACGCUUGCGUCGUUUUGUCGUGUGCACAAAGUGUGAGCAGUGAGCAAAAUGAGCAAGAAGAAGAGGUGGAAGAUGAGGAGGAAAUGGAGAAAUCGAUGAAUAUUGAGAAAUUGAGCGAUGGAACAUUGGAGAGGAUUGAUGAGCAUGAGGAUAGUGUGUGAGUCAGAUUUUGGGGGAAAAUCAUAUUUUCAGCUGAAAUUCGUAGUUUUUCGACUUCUGGAGCUUCAAAUUUGUGAAAAUCCUAAUUUUUCAUGUAAAAAUCAUCGAAAACCUUAAUUUUCAGCUCUUGGAGCUCAGAAACUCUGAAAAUCUUCUGAAAAUCAUGAAAAUCCUGUUUUUUCGGCUCCUGGAGCUUCAAAUUUGUGAAAAUCCUAAUUUUUCAUGUAAAAAACAUUGAAAAUCUUGAUUUUCAGCUCAAAAACUCUGAAAUUCUACUGAAAAUCAUGAAAAUCCUGUUUUUUCGGCUUUUGGAGCUUCAAAUUUGUGAAAAUCCUUAUUUUUCAUGUAAAAAACAUCGAAAAUCUCGAUUUUCAGCUCUUGGAGCUCAGAAACUCUGAAAUUCUUCUGAAAAUCAUAAAAAUCCUGUUUUUUCGGCUUCUGGAGCUUCAAAUUUGUGAAAAUCUUCAUUUUUCAUGUAAGAAUCAUCGAAAACCUUAAUUUUUAGCUCAAAAACUCUGAAAUUCUUCUGAAAAUCAUAAAAAUCCUGUUUUUUCGGCUCCUGGAGCUUCAAAUUUGUGAAAAUCCUAAUUUUUCAUGUAAAAAACAUCGAAAAUCUCGAUUUUCAUCUCUUGGAGCUCAGAAACUCUGAAAAUCUUCUGAAAAUCAUGAAAAUCCUGUUUUUCGGCUUCUGGAGCUUCAAAUUUGUGAAAAUCUUUAUUUUUUCAUGUAAAAAACAUCGAAAAUCUCGAUUUUCAUCUCUUGGAGCUCAGAAACUCUGAAAAUCUUCUGAAAAUCAUGAAAAUCCUGUUUUUCGGCUUCUGGAGCUUCAAAUUUGUGAAAAUCUUUAUUUUUUCAUGUAAAAAACAUCGAAAAUCUCGAUUUUCAUCUCUUGGAGCUCAGAAACUCUGAAAAUCUUCUGAAAAUCAUGAAAAUCCUGUUUUUUCGGCUCCUGGAGCUUCAAAUUUGUGAAAAUCCUAAUUUUUCAUGUAAAAAACAUCGAAAAUCUCGAUUUUCAUCUCUUGGAGCUCAGAAACUCUGAAAAUCUUCUGAAAAUCAUGAAAAUCCUGUUUUUCGGCUUCUGGAGCUUCAAAUUUGUGAAAAUCCUUAUUUUUCAAAUCGAAAACCUUGAUUUACAACUCUUGGAGCUCAAAAACUCUGAAAAUCAUGAAAAAUUCUGCUUAGAGCUUGGAAAUCUGAAUUUUCAUGUGUAAGAACUGAAAUUUUAUGAUUUUUUUAUUAUAAAAUUGCAAAACUCGUGAAAUUUUGUCUUCUGAAGCUUCAAAUCUCAAAAUUUCUAGCUCAUUUUUUGGCUGAAAAAUUCCAGAUUUUCCCGAAUUUCCAGCUCAAUUUUUUCAGCUACGCUUGUGCCUGGUCUUCUGCCGAUCCCUGGACUUUUGCCUCUUUAUCCUACGAUGGUCGAAUGAUUCUGUCAAAAGUGUCCAGAAAACACAAAUACGCUCUAAUGCAACUUUAA